AUGGCGUCUCGAUUCUCCCAGCUCCUCGUGUCGGCCAUGCUGCUUGCAGGGCUCGUCUCGGCCCAGGUCGGAACCAUGCCGUUCCUCAACUGCGGAGCCAACGUCGUCAAGACGGUAGGCGUCACAUGCGAAACCUAUACACAGCCGGCCCUCAAGACGCCGUGCGUCUGCAGCACCCUGAGCCUCCACUACAGCUGCUACACCAGCCUGUGCCCCCCGGACAACCUCAACGACGUCUACGAGUCCAUGCUCAACAGCAUGAACCAGCAGAAGAACGGCGCCGGCGCCGGGCUGCGCGUCGGGGCGGCCGCCGACGCGCUCGUGUCUGCCGGCGGCCUGGUCGGGUUUGCCGUCGCGGUUUUGGGCGUGCUUGCCUAAGAGGGAGGGAGGUUUAUGGGGGAUGAGGGAGAUGGGAGUUGCGACGUAGGAGACAGCAGGCAGGAAACCAAGGCCGCAAUGCACAUGUCAC